CUUUUAAAAACAAAAGUUGCAGAAAGAAUAGUAUUGUUGUUUGUCUUUUCGGUUGCUAGUGGCUCCACUUUCCUACCCUUGAACAAUCGAUUGGCAUGGGGCAUGUACUCCUGUACAUUCAUUGACAUUAAACGUAUUGAUUAAUUGACAACAUACGAUUUUCGAUCUAUGCACAUACAUAUUUACAUACAUAUAGACGUAUGCCAGAAUAUUCAUAAACACUUUAGGCGUAUGUACAUAUGUACAAUGUACAUCAAUUAACCGAACGAGGGUCUUUCCGCUCUUAUCUGUCGGUGGCGCGUGUUGUGUGUACCUCCAGUGAAUUUUAGUGCCUAGGAAAUGUAUAGUAGUUGUACUUGUGGCAACCCAACCAUUCGACCUUUGUUUCUGCGUUUUAAGCACAGUGGACAUUGGCUUGUGCGACAUGCACUCUGAUUCUGUUGUGAUUAAUAUAGGAGCAGGUGGUGUAAAUGUGGUCCAGAGUCCGCGGGAUCUCUGACUGUCAUAACCAAAAACAAUAACAAUGUGUGAAGAGUGAAGCUACAGUACAUAUACUCUAAACAAUAUCACCAAGUGAAAGAGGCAUAAUGACUGGAUCAGUCCACGAUCCGAAAUGGAGCCUGGAGAGACGCGAGUCGUCGGGACAUUUGGUUUGGCGCAAGGAGUCGCCAGAAUCUAAAGUUCGAUUUCGGUUUGAUGUCGAGGUCCUGGAGUUUGAAAAGCAUCCACAUGAAGAGCUUGAGGAAAAGGAAGAUCACUUCUCAAUAUCAAAUCUGUCGACGACAAUUGCUUUGUGCGCCACGUGUGUUGCCGUUGUGGCAGCAACAGUGUUUUUGCCCUGGUAUCUUAUGGAGAGAGUUGGCUCGAUAUGAAAGCUGUCGGUAAAGGGCUUAACUACAUUUAUGUACAAUAUGUACGCACAUCCGAUCCGUGACGGUAUUAAAUAGACUUUUGUGUAUAUACAACAUAGAUUUAAAUUAGUUUUAAAUGUAAAUAGUGCGUACCGUACAUUGUAAAUAUGACUUUAUACGCUGAAAGAGCGUUUUUGUUAAUGAUGUGACUUAUGUAUAUUAAUUAUGAGAGUUAUGGAUCCUAUAAUCCUCAUUUCAUAAUUUUGAGUGCAGCUGAUGCCAGAUUAAAUGCUGUUGCAGGAGAUCACAAAGAUAAUGUAAUAAAUAAACAAAAUACAUGCUUGCCUUUAA